UCUCUCUCUCUCUCUCUCUCCACUAAACUGUUUUCUCUUUUGAUUUCUAUUUCCAUUCCAUCAUUUUUAGGGCUUGUAAUAUCAUCGUCAUAUCUAUAUCUAUCUAUCUAUCUAUCUCUCUCUAUAAAUAUUAUAUUAUAUUCCCUCAUAAACAACAAAUUAUUUAUUAUGGAUCCAUCAACUCAUCCAUCCGACACCGAAAUGUCCGACGCCACAGCCGCCGCACCUCCGCCGCCCUCGAUGACCGGAAUCGAUAACAACAUCCCGGCGACACUCAGCCACGGCGGCAGGUUCAUUCAGUAUAAUAUUUUUGGUAAUAUCUUUGAAGUUACUGCCAAGUAUAAGCCUCCUAUUAUGCCUAUCGGUAAAGGCGCUUACGGAAUCGUCUGUUCGGCGUUGAAUUCGGAGACGAAUGAGCAUGUAGCGAUUAAGAAGAUUGCGAAUGCUUUCGAUAAUAAAAUCGAUGCCAAGAGGACUUUACGAGAAAUAAAGCUGCUUCGUCAUAUGGAUCAUGAAAAUGUUGUUGCAAUUAGAGAUAUAAUUCCACCUCCUGACAGGAUGGCAUUUAAUGAUGUCUACAUUGCUUAUGAGCUCAUGGAUACCGAUCUUCAUCAAAUAAUUCGUUCUAAUCAAUCAUUGUCGGAAGAGCAUUGCCAGUAUUUUCUGUAUCAGAUCCUGCGUGGGCUAAAAUAUAUACAUUCUGCAAAUGUGCUGCACAGGGAUUUGAAGCCAAGCAAUCUUCUUUUGAACGCCAAUUGUGAUCUGAAAAUUUGUGAUUUUGGAUUAGCUCGUGUUACAUCCGAAAAUGAUUUCAUGACAGAGUAUGUGGUUACAAGAUGGUACCGUGCACCAGAGUUGCUGUUAAACUCAUCUGAUUAUACUGCUGCAAUUGACGUAUGGUCCGUGGGUUGCAUCUUCAUGGAAUUGAUGGACCGCAAGCCCUUGUUUCCUGGUAGAGAUCAUGUACACCAGCUAAGAUUGCUUAUGGAGCUAAUCGGAACUCCAUCAGAAGCUGAAUUAGGGUUUUUGAAUGAAAACGCCAAAAGAUACAUACGGCAAUUGCAACAUUAUCAACGACAAUCAUUCAAUGAAAAGUUUCCUCAAGUUCAUCCUGCUGCUAUUGAUCUUAUAGAAAAGAUGUUGACGUUUGACCCCAGACAGAGAAUUACAGUUGAAGAUGCACUUGCACACCCAUACCUAACAUCACUGCACGACAUCAGCGAUGAGCCUGUGUGCAUGACCCCUUUUAACUUCGACUUUGAGCAUCAUGCCCCUACUGAGGAGCAGAUGAAGGAGAUGAUUUAUAGGGAGGCUCUUGCUUUCAAUCCCGAGUACCAGCAGCAUCUGUGAGGAAGGAAUACUAUUCAGUGUUUGUUUGUUUGUUGUGUGGUUUUUUGUUUAUUAGCGUGGUAAUUGAAAUUUGAUGAUUCUAUGUGUUUGUUGUAUAUAAACAUUCUCAGCUAUAACCCGAAGUUGAAUUGUUUGGUUAGGGCCUAACUUGGCAACCAAUACAAAUUAGAUAUUUGUGUCGUAUGUUGUUCUAUGAUCAUUUUUAUUGAAACAGUUGACAUUUCCUUUCCCCA